AUGGCUUUAUCAUCUACCUACAUCAAUAAAACGGCGAGCAAGAAGAGUCGAAAAGCAACAAACAAAUUUAGUUCAUUGCAGACUAAUGAAAACAGUUCUGUUGUAAAUAAAGACUCAUAUAAUAAUAAUGGUAUGGAUAGCGAUGGGACAAAGUUUCUUUCUUUGAAUUUAGAAGAGUCUGUUAGUAGCAGCGCGAAGUUUUGCUCAAUUAAAACAUCCUCAAUAUCGAUUACCGCAAUGAAUUUGACAAGUCCUUUAGACGCUGAGGCAUCGCUCUCCAACGAAACGGUACCAUGUAUCACUUUAACCCGUUGUCCAGACGACGUUCAUUUACGAAGUAUGUACCGAAACGUGAAGUUAAUUCAGCCGGAAAGUACCGAUGCUAGUAUAUCACAAGACGAUACAGAUUCAGGAUCCGAUUUUCAUUUAAAAAAUAUGAAUGUUAGUGUAAAAUUUAGUAAGUCAGAAAGUACGGAUACAGUUACGUCGCGGGAAAGAAUUGAUUCAAAUCCUCAAUUAACCGCUAAGGUGGUGAUGUUGAAAACGAAUUAUCCCAAAAUAUCAAUUUUAAGAAUUAGCAAAAAUGUACGCACAGACGAGGAUAUUGUCAAUUCUGCAGUCGAUACUGUAUCGUCGUCGGAAGAAGAAUUUGAUAAUAAUACCAUUCAAAGGGAAAUUACGAUAAAAGACGAAACUGAUAUUGCCAUUGGGACUAAAAAAUCUCCCAGAAGGAAGACUGCGGCGAGUGCCUCCAAUAAGACAUGGCGAAGCGAUGAAUCUUCACUUGAAUCCAGUAUACAAAAAUUGAAAUUAACAAAUGCAGAAAGUUUCUCGGAACAAUCUAAAACACCGACAUCGGUUGCUAAUUUAAGUCUUAUCAGUGAUAACAGUUUUGAGCCGCAAACUAAACGUUCAUUAACCGUUUACGACACUGUCGAAGAAUUUGAGGCAAACUUACCCUCAACGGUGAGGAUCUUGAAUACACCAUUCGGUAGUAAAGUUUAUCUAAUUGGAACCAUUCACUUUAGUGAAGAGUCUCAGGAUGAUGUCUCGUUUGUUAUACGCAAUGUUCGGCCAGAUGUUGUCAUGGUAGAACUUUGUCCUUCGCGUUUGCCUAUAUUAAAUAUGGAUGAAAAAAGUCUACUUGAAGAUGCUACAUCUUUAAAUUUAGUUAAGAUUCGAGGUAUUUUCCAAACAUAUGGUUGGAUAAGCGGCUUAUUCUUCAUGUUAUUACUUCAAAAGAGUGCUCAUAUCGCUAAAGAUCUCGGCACCGCUCCGGGCGGUGAAUUUCGUAGAGCUUUAAAAGAAAUUCAAAAGCUGCCAGGAUGCAUUUUACAUUUGGGAGAUCGUCCCAUACGCAUUACAUUAUACCGUGCCUUGCAUGCUCUAUCAUUUUGGCAGACAGUUAAGCUGGUGUGGCGUUUAACGGGCGGUAGCAUGCCGAAUAUGGACGAAUUGGAAGAUUGCAAGCAACAGGACUUAUUGGAGAAAGUAACAAAAGAAAUGGCCGGAGAAUUCCCAGGUUUCUCCAACGUUUUCAUAAGAGAACGCGAUUUAUUUUUAUGUCAUUCUCUUCAAUUGGCCGCACUACCUCAAUCGAUCGACGAUGACGCGAACAGUCCACGGCCAGUGCGUGUUGUUGGCAUUGUCGGCGUUGGUCAUAUAAAUGGUAUUUCUGAAUUGUGGGGGCAUGUUGAUCCCCAGCAAAUUCGAAAAAUAUUGGAAAUUCCGCAAAAACGAUUUAGUACACGCGUCUGCAAAUAUGUUACAAUAUAUGGUUUGAUUAGUUUAGCAGUCUUUGGAAUGUAUAAACUCGUGAGGCCAUGUCCGUUACAUUUUUUGUCCUAA